CGUACUCUUUGUUGUCUGUGCAAAUUUUCUAACCUAUAAAUAAUAAUUAUUGUUGUUUUCUUUCGAAGUUAACGUUUCUUUGCUUUUUAGAAUCACAAAGUAUCCUAGUGUAGUUUUUUUGAUACAAGUAAAAAAAUACUAUGGAGUUUUCUUUAAAUGUCAUUAUUUCUAUUUACUAAAAACUCAAAACUUGACCAGCAAUCAGAAUUUUUCUUGUUGAAGAUGGAUUCCAAUUGCAAUGAGCAAUAGAUUCGUACAGUGCAAGUGUGUUGGUGCGCGGCUAGUGAGUCGAGUACUGGCGGCCAUGUUGGAUCGGGUGCGACCGCCGUGGCGGGGCGGCAACGGAGAGGCAAGACGCAUGCUACUAGGCGCGGUGCUACCGCUCAUUUUGGUGCCGGCUCUCGGAUUUGUUGCCGCUCAAGGCGUGAUUGCUUCCGUCAUUAUCUUCUCCACCCUUCCCAUCGUUCUAGUCUACGCGCACUUUUUGUGCGCUCGUGCACACUCGGCGACAAAGUUCUUCGCCGUGUGGGCGCUGGUCUCACUCGUGCUAAUCUUCGCAAUUUUCGAGACCACAGUUGUGCAAAUGUUGGAGAUUCGUAAUGAUGAGAAUAUGUCGUUCUACAUACUCACACUUGCUCUAGGAGUUUGUGUGUAUAAGACUAAGGUGUUGGCGGCGGCGGGGUAUCUGAGCAACGACGUCAAGUACAGCGAGGCUCUGUUGAGAGAGUACGACACCAUGUGCCCGGUUUGUCGCAAAAGUGUGCCCUCUCGAACGUUCCACUGUCAAAUUUGUCACUCGUGUAUUAUCAAGCGUGACCUUCAUUGUGCCUGGCUUGAUUGUUGUAUUGGUGAGACAAAUCAUGGCUGGUACAUGCUGACCCUGUUGACGCUGAUAGCUCAGUUGACUCUGUGCUCGAAUCUAAUCCUAACUACCGCCUGCCAUCCCUUCGUCGUAUGGGGCAGUAUCAUGCUGCCUGACGACUGCUCUGAUGUUUACUUUGAUAUUGUGUACGGCGUUUGCUUCGUGACGGCCAUCUACUGCGUGCUGUGCGUGGUGUUCGCGCUGUCUCUGCUGUGUCACGAGGUGUGGCUGAUCACGCUGGGUGUGACGGGUCACGAGUGGCGGCAGAUGAGUCACAAGUGGGGCUCAUGCUGGGGCAUACGUGAGCCACGGCCCUUCAGUCACGGCUGUCUCGGCAACUGGACGCUCUACCUGCGAGGUCCAAAGAUGACUAGUAGCUCACAGACUGUAUAAAAAACUCGCAGGAGACUCACCAAAUUCAGAUAAUAAUUCCCAAAGCACAAAUAUCUAGGAUAGGUCACUGACUCAACGAUUGAUGGCUCAUGCGACUGGUUAAAUUAGAUUAUUCAAUUAUUGAUGUAAAUAAAACCGCAUUGCUAUCAUUACAAGGUCAAAAAUGCUUACAAGCAUAUAAAUAAGCAUAAGUAGAUAGCCAAAAAGCUUAUAAAUCAAUGAAUUUGAGUCAUUUAAUAAUUUAUUGCUAUAGUAAUAGAUAAGUAAUUCCCAUAGUAUUAGUUAGGUAAUUUAUUGAAAUAACUCGUAUUUUAAUUCAAAUAUAUCCAGUUAUUUUAAAUAAUGUUGAAGCUAUAUGAGUUAGUGGAAAGGAGAUGUUUUGUUCAAAUUUUUCAAUUGAAGAUAAUUGAUAAUUUAUGUACCAAAGUAUGUUUUUGAUGCCACCAAAGUCGGUAUAGGAAACGACAUGUGAGUUUGUAUGGGCAGCUAAGCAAACCUUCUAAGAUGGUCGCUAUGGUCGCUUCUUGAAACGACUCAACUAUAGUUUAUAAGAAAUUUGUUCAAUAAUCAUCCUUCUCUGCUUUCUAUUGUACCCUUCAAUUUAUUUUUUUUGGUUGUGUAGGACACUUAUAAGUUAAUGUGAACCAAACAAUAUGUCAACUCAUCGCAUUUUCAAAUACCUACUUUACAAUGCUUUCUAGUUCAUUCACAAAUUUAAUUUUUUUGUGGGUUUCUAGUUAGAACCAAGUCACACGAGGCGUUUUUCAGUCGACACGUCCGGACAGGACGCUCUCCAAUUGGCUUGACCUGAAGUUCACUUGAUUCGCCAUCCCAAUCAGUCAAUCAUGUCCUGUCGUGCCUAAAAAAACCCUCGUGUGGCUAGGCCCUUAUACAAUAAUAUUUCUGCCCAAAGCAAAAUUUCGUGUACAUCUAGUCACAAUCAAAGUUCUUGAAACAUGGUGUAUUCUAUCAACUGAAUUAUUGAUAUGAUUAUACAUUAUGUAUUAUUAUACAUUGUAUUAUUCUUCAAUGUGAUACUAUAUUAAGUCAAACUAUAUUAGUCCCCAUCUCAUAUCCGAAAAAUCCUAUUCAACUAGAAGUUCCUAUAUUAUUUGGCUACUAUUCAAUCUGAAUUUCUUAUUGAUGAUACAAUUCACGACAAUACAUUAUCAACACUCUAUUCAAUAAUACAAUAAUUGAUUAAAUGUUCAACUUUUAUCAUUAUACAUGUGAAUAAAUAAUUAGUAAAUGCCAUUCUGAGAUGAAAAUGUUCUUAAUUCAAAUCAAAACAAUAUUAGAAUAAUGUCAUUUUAACAACAAGUACAUUAAAAAUAAUUAAUAAUGUAUUUUAACAAGUGUGAUCUAUGUGAGUGAUAUCUCAAGUUUUACAUAUCAAGUAUUACCGGGUGUCCCACGAAGAGGUUCACACGGUUGAUUUUAUAUUACGUGCCCAUUCAUGCACCAAACUAUUUUAAAUUUUACACACUUUACAAAGUAGGUUCUGAAAAUAUUCUGGGAAAAUUUCAGCUCCCUAACCUUCGUAGAAACAAAAUGGCGACAUUUUGAUUUUAACAAUUCGCUUCCUAUAAAAACUACUUUGAUGAGUUAUUAUCUGAUUUGUUCACUACGUUGCGGUAGUCUUGCCUCAUUGGAUGGUACCAGAAAUGGAUCAAGCAAUCUCCCAACAAGAUGGUGCUCCACCACAUUUCGCAAAUCAUGUCAAGUAAUUACUAAAUGACAAACUCCAUGGCCGUUGGAUUGGUCGUGGAAGUGAUUUUGUAGAUUGGCCACCCCGAUCACCAGAUUUAACUGUUUGUGACUUCUUUUUAUGGGGUUACUUGGAGGAAAGAGUUUAUACCCAUAGCUUCAAUAAUGAUGAGGAACGAAAACUAUAAAUAGAAGAGGAACUUCUCCGGAUACCGCAGAGUUUCUUUUUAAGAGCUUACAAAUCAUUUCUUAAGCGCUGUUAUCAGUGUGUGGCUGUGAAUGGAUUUCAAUUUUGGACUUUAAGGUUUUUCAUUAGGCUAUGUUCUAGUUUUUUUUCAAGUCAUAUUGCCUUGAAGUGCAACAAUAAAAAUAUUUUAUAAAACCAAAAACACCUUUGUAAUGUCCUUAAGGUAUAGUUUUUCAAUAUGCCGCCAUUUUGUUUCUACGAAGGUUAGGGAGUUGAAAUUUUCCCAGAAUAUUUCCAGAACCUACUUUGUAAACUGUGUAAAAUUUAAAAAAGUUUUGUGCAUGAAUGGGCACGUAAUAUGAAAUCAUACGUGUAAACUUCUUCGUGGGACACCCGGUAUAUAAUAGUGAAACUUGAUUAUUCCGAAGAGUCUACCCACAAGGUAAGGCGUGUAGAUAGUUUGAUAUCAAACAAAUUCCUAGUAAGCAGGCCUAUUUAUUAUAGUUAUGUCUUAUUGUUUCUUUAUAAAAGAAUAAACAUAAGUUUGGCUUUUGAUAAUGUGAGACAUUGCUAGAUUGAUUUUGAAUUGUAAUAAAAAGUGUUUGUUGUUA